UAUCUCUUCUUCUCUCUCUGGGUUUCUUCACUUUCUGAACCCAUUGAUUGCUUUGGUAAUGUCUGAGCUGACUUUCUUAUGUUCAGACUCAAUUAUCUCAGUUCAUGGAGAGACAUGAGAUGAAACCAUGAACUCGAACUCAAGCACAUCAAUCCUCAUCUGCACCACCACUCCUCUCGUCCUCCUCUUCCUCCUCCUCCUCCUCUCUCCUCCCUCGUUCUCUCGCCAGGGACUGUCGUUCGAGGAGAAGACUCGGCUCGGGUCGACGCCGCCGAGUUGCCACAACAAGUGCAACGGGUGCCACCCCUGCAUGGCGGUCCAAGUGCCGAGCGCGCCCACGACGGGCCGCAAGGAGAAGAGCGAGAAGCCGAGCCGGCCGGCCGAGUUCGUCGACCCGUCCCCUGCUUCCCCAGGUAGAUACUCCAAUUACAAGCCCUUGGACUGGAAAUGCCGGUGUCGCAACCACUUGUUCAACCCCUAAUUACGCACGCGCCGGUCACUUUGUUUACCUAAUAUCUCUCGUGGGUCCGAGAUUUAUCAACUUACCUCCCGCCGGCGAAUUCCGAUCGUUCUUCCCGAAAUCCCACCCUUUGUUUUUUUUUUUUUUGUUGUUGCGAGAGAGAGAGAGAGAGAUCUCGGACCACUUUUCAGAUGCAUGCAGCUCCAAUGUGGAGUUUGCUGCCUUCGCUGGAUUAGGAUUUAGUAUGAACGAGAUUAUAUAGUAUGAUGUCAUUAUAUUGCACUUAGUUUUGUAGUCGGAGGAUGCUUAGGGAGAUAAGAGAGAGAGUGUGUGUAUGUUUGCGUGUUUUAAUUAAAUGUGUACAAUCGUUGAAAUCAUUAUACAAAAUGUACAGACACUCUGUGGGGACACGUCUUUCGCAGUGUGCCAUUUCAAUGAGAUUUUUUCUUUCCUUUUUU